AGCCUAGUGAUGAGAAAACCAGAAAAUAUCUUCAAAAAUGUCAACUUUUAUUGAAGCAAUUGGGAAUCGUACCUUUUCGUUGAGAAUAGGCAAACCUUUUCUAUUGUAAAAAAGAAUGUUCCAACCACCUGCACUUAUUCCACCUUUUCGGUUUGCAAGAGUAGAAGAUGGACUAUUUCGAGGAGCAUACCCCUCUUUGAAGAAUUUUCGUUUCCUAAAGAGACUGCACUUGCGAACCAUCGUAUCUCUUUUGCCUUGUGCCCCAUCCGAGGACUUGAAAGAGUUUUGUUUGCACGAAAACAUUAGACUCAUAUUUAUUCACGUGGAAAAGUUUGAGGAAAAUGUUACUUUUACUCCUCAAUUGGUGGCAAAGAUAGUUACGAUAUUAGGAGACAGAAAUAAGUUGCCACUUUUUAUUCAUUGUCUUGACGGUGGACAUAAUACGGGACUUGUAGUUAUGACUUUGAGGUUAUUACAAGGUUGGAACAUGUCCGUGAUAUUCACAGAAUUCUGUCGCUAUGUAAAAACGGGAGAAAUAAGUAGAGAAGAGUCUCAGUUUUUGGAAAGUUUCAAUGAAGAUAUCGAGCUGCCGCCUACUCCUGCAAGUUUCUUGAGUUAUCGAUUGCAGAUAGGCAGAAGUGGUACAUUUCGCGGUCGAACAAAGAUGCAGUCAGAUUCUUCUUUUACGAAUAAAAGAACAGAGAGUCAGUUGAAUAGUAUGGGAGUCAAGGCAACGGUGGAAGAAGGCAACUUUCGACGAGAAAUAGUAAAAAAUGUUACCAAGGAAAGUGGUCGUAUGAGUGAUAUUUGCGAUAAUGAGUUGCAUCGCACUCCACAUAUUGUUCCUGCUGAAGAAGAGCCAAUGAAGCUUUUCAGUGGUUUAGAAAAAAGUAAAGAUAACAAGGUCCAUAUGAUGAAUGACAAAGAAGAAGAAGUAUGGAGGAUUUUGGAGUCAAAGUUGAAUGAUAUUGAUGAAGAAAAGGAGGAAUUAAGAGAGUUGGAACAUGCUGCAUUGGAUUCCUUAUCUUCCUGUUCAGAACAAAGUAGAGAAGCCGUUCACAUAGAAAAAGACAGGGAAGAUGAAUAUUCUUUGCAAAACGUGAUUUCUUCAUAUCAUUAUUCAAACAAGUCCUUAUCAGGACAGGAGACAUCCUCUAGAUUCGCUAGGAGCCGUUCAUUGGAUGACAUUCAUUUAAGAUAUUCCAAACCUUUCCUUCCACAUCGUACAGAAAUAAGGAAUGUUCUCAAGGCAAAUCCAAGGAGAAAAGGACAUUCGGUUAUGCUCGAGGCGCUAGCAUUGGAUAACUAUGGGAGACCCAAGUCUAAUUGAUUUACGAUUCUUUUCCUGAGAGUGCUACACCGUCAGCUUUUGUUCAUAAGUACUUGAUAGAUGGAGGAAGAAGAAGGCUCG